UGUAUAAUACCGUUCAAUCUAUUGUUUUUGGCUCUUUUGUAUUGAUUUCCUCAGUGCAUGCAUUGGUAGCACCUCUUCCAUCUUCUCAGAUGAUUCCUCAAAUCCCAGGUAAACCAGUAGGUCUUUAUGCAAACUAUACAUGCUCACUAUUCAUAUCAGCCAGUGCAUGUCAAAGAGAUCCAUAUUUUAUCCCCCCUGCAAAUGUUUCAAGCAGCAGUUCCUCUUCUACAUGUAGACAAUAUGGAGGCGAGUUAGUCAAUGUGACCAACAGUAAUUUCAAUGAUGUUACCACCUUGUUAUUUGAUUGUCGAGGAGCUCAAUCUCGAGCUUGGAUCAAUUCUUGGGAUGGAUACAAUUAUGGUUCAAACUGCUUAUCCCUCUACACAGGUUCAGGUUCCCCUGGAGGUGCUAUUAAUACGAAUUGUGCCAAUGGUGAUAUCAUCCCACCAGUCUGUUUUCGAUCAGCUAAUAUUGUCCCUGUUUCUGCUGUGAGCUCAACCAGCUUAAGCAUUUCUGUAACUCCCAUCACUACACUUGAUUUUACGUUACCAUUUUUGGGUAAUGAUACUAUUAUUAUUAGACCUUCCUCUUUAGCUUAGUAUAUUUACAGCUUGAAAUAAAGAUAUAUGUAGCUUUAAAUCAUUAAUAUGAAUGCUUAAAGCCAAUGCAUAUAUGUUUGAAUCCAAC